AUGGAAAUUGACCAUUUUUCUUCCACUCAUGACUUUGUAGAAGAAGUUGUGUUCCAAGACAAACAACAUAGUUUUUCUGGAAUAAUUAGCAAUCCUCUUCCAAAGGAGAAUGAUCAACUACCCAACAUGUUCAACAACAACCAAAAUCAUCAUCAUCAUCAACAACAACAAGAAUUCGAAGUUUGUAAUUUCAUGUCAUUAUUAGAAGAUAUCAAUAUCAACUUAGAAACUGAUCAACAAAAGAAUCUUCACCACAAAGUUCCAAUUCCAAAACCUUUAGAAAACAAUAUUCAGAAGAUGCCACAAUAUCUAUCAUCCUUGGAGAUUCUGAGAAAUCAUGGAAGCAGAUUCAACAGGAAUAACACAAUCAAUACUAAAGCUUCUUCAAAUUUGGAACAACAUCAAAAGAUGUCAACAGAAGGAAUAAUAAGAGUAGCUGGAGCAAGGUAUACUCAAUAUUCUUCUUCUCAUUGGAGUGAUAAUUUUUGCAUCCAAACACACCCUUAUGGAUUUGACCUUAAUGGUUUAUCUGAGGAAGAAAAUAGAGACAUUGAACUAGCACAGUUUCUCUAUGUAGCAGCUGAAAGAGUAAGUUUGCAACAAUAUGAACGUGCAAAAAAAUUACUUUUAUAUUGUCAAUGGAAUUCUUCUAUCACAGGAAAUUGUGUUCAAAGAAUUGUCUUUCAUUUUGCACAAGCACUUCAAGAGAGAAUAGUGAAAGAAACUGGAAGAGUGGUUAAAGGGUCAGAUAAAAAUGAAGAAAGUGAGUUAAUUGAGAAGAUGGGUUCAAAAAAAGCACUUAUGUGUCAUCAAAAACUUCCUUUUAAUCAAGUUAUGCAAUUUACUGGAAUACAAGCUAUAGUUGAACAUGUUAAGUUUGAGACUAAAAUUCAUCUAAUAGAUUUUGAUAUAAAAAGUGGGGUCCAGUGCAUAGCUUUGAUGCAAGCACUUUCUGAGAGACAGGAUUGCAUAGUUGAAAUUUUUAAGCUAAGUGCUAUUGGACUUAAUACAUGCAAGAACAAAAUUGAAGAAACUGGCAAAAAUUUAGCUAGUUUUGCUGAAUCAUUGAACUUGCCCUUUUUAUAUAAACCUGUUUUAGUAGAAGAUAUGUUGGAAAUCAAAGAGGAUGAUUUUGAAAUUGAAAAGGAUGAAGCUGUUGCUGUUUAUUCUCCAUAUUUUCUAAGGACUUUAAUAUCAAAGCAAGAUUGUAUGGAAAAUUUGAUGAGGGUUUUGAGAGAUAUCAAACCAUGUAUAAUGAUAGUACUUGAAACUGAAGCAAGUCUUAAUUCGCAGUCUUUUGUGAACCGAUUCGUUGAAGCGUUGUUCUUCUACUCGGCUUUUUUCGAUAUGGCUGAAACAUGUAUGAGCGAGGAGGAUGAGUGUAGAAUGAUAACAGAAGGAAUACUAUCUGUAGGGUUAAGAAAUAUUGUUGCGUCAGAAGGUAGAGAAAGGACUGUUAGAAAUGUGAAAAUUGAUGUUUGGAGAAGAUUCUUUGCAAGGUAUAGAAUGGUGGAAACUAGGUUUAGUGAGGCAUGUGUUUACCAAGCUGAAUUGGUGAGUAAAGAGUUUGAUGAUGGGAAAUUUUGCGAUGUGGAAAAGAAUGGGAAGUGUUUGAUAUUGGGAUGGAAGGGGACUCCAAUGUAUUCAAUCUCAGCUUGGAGGUUUCUUUGA